AUGGCUGAGGCAAAUCAAUGUAUGGCGGAGGAAAAUCAAAGGAUGCAGCAACAAAUUCAGCAAAUAGCCAACGCUCGCCUUGAACAUAACGAUAACCGUCAUGAACGGAACGCCAAUGACGAGCAUCAAUCCCAACCGACGCAUGUCUCGGAGACUCCUCAGAAUGAUGAUGGUGGGGGUUCACAUAAUGACGAAACCUCACCCAAGGAUGAGGAAGAUGAGCCCGACAACUCAGCAGGACCUUUCACAGCUGACAUCAUGAAUUUUCAACUGCCUAGACAAUUUACAUUGCUGACGACUUUAACUCCGUAUAAUGGGUUAGGGGAUCCAAAGCAGCAUAUAAAGAAAUUCCGAUCUAUCAUGAUCGUUAACAGUGCAUCUGACCCUAUUUUAAGCCGUUAUUUUCCAUCUUUUUUAGAUGGUCCUGCACUUGACUGGUUUUUCUCUUUGCCUGCAGAUUCAAUUUCACGUUUCCAGGAGUUAGCAAAGCAAUUUGAAGAUCACUUUGCGGCAUCGGCGAUAUAUUUGCAUGACUCUGACUAUUUGACAACUGUUAAGCAAGGCCCUCAAGAAAGUCUGAAGGACUACAUUACCCGUUUUACGAAGAUAGCCAUGCGAAUUCCCGAUCUUCAUCCUGAAGAAGCCAUCGCAGUAACCAAGCCGAAGACUUUAGCCGAGUUUCGAGAGAAGGCCAAAGGACAAAUCGAUAUUGAGGAGCUUCGCCAGGCUCGCAAGGCUGAAAAGUCGGCAACUACUAAAGACGAUGAUAGGCCUCGGGAUAGUAAGAAGAUUUUCAGACCCACUCCCCGUUAUGAGACGUACACCCAGUUUAAUGCGAAAAGAGACGACAUUAUUAAAGAAAUUUUGAAUUCCAAGUUGAUUAAACCUCCUCGUAAAGCUGGUAGUUAUCCCGAGCCGAAGAAUGUCGACAAAUCCAAAUAUUGCACAUUCCAUCAGAAGUAUGGUCACACAACCGACAAAUGUGUGAUCGCAAAAGACCUUUUGGAGGGCUUAGCAAGACAAGGACAUCUUGAUAAGUUUAUCUCAGGUCAUAUGCAGAAAAGAACCGUUCCUACUUCAGAUCCAACCCCUGCAAGACCAUCAUCAAAGGAUAAGGAAAAGUGCCCAGCUCAACCUAGGGGCAUAAUCAAUUGUAUCUCGGGCAGUUAUGCCGGGGGUGGACAAACAAGCUCGGUAAGAAAGCGGACGUACAGGGCCAUGUUGGCACUUAGAGAUACAACCAACAAUCCUCAACCAGUGCAGGAGAUUCCGGAGAUGACCUUCUGCCCAGCCGAUUUUAGUUGCACUGACACUAACUUGGAUGACCCUGUUGUCAUCUCCAUCCAGUUGGGCGACUUAAUAGUUCGGAAAGUGUUGCUGGACCCAGGCAGCAGCGCUGAUGUGUUAUUUUUUACUACAUUUGAAAAGAUGAAGCUAAGUACUAACAUUUUGCAACCAUCUGUAGGAGACUUGGUCGGAUUCUCAGGAGAACGUGUUCCAGUUAUGGGUUCAUUGUGGUUACAAACCACACUUGGUGAGAGCAGCCUUUAUCCAAAAAAACAUGAUAUCCAGAUAAUAUUGUGGCCACGAUCCAUGGCGACUUACAAGAAGCUCGGUAUUGUUAUAAUACAAGCCUAA